AUGAACAACGAUGCAGCCCCAACGAGAAAGAAUCAUAAAAAAACCAACAAGCUUGACCUGAUCAAUCAGAGCAACAACGAAUUUCCCAACACCUGCUACUCUGGAUUACUCGAGGGAGAAGCAAGCUUGCUUCCUGAACAACCGCCGCCAAUGCUUCGUUUUGGACUCGACAACAGCACCCCCAAAUCAUCUACCUUGCCCGAGUUGCGCAUGAAGAGAGUUGAGAAAAAGGCAUCUUACCAGCGCAGGAACAUUGUAGAGCCACACCCCCACGAUGUGCUGUGUGGGAGAGGUGCCAGCAUCAACAACUUCAUUGGCAACCUCCGAUGGAGAGAUCUUAUCAAGAACAAGAAGCAAGAGUACGUCCAGCUACACAAACUACAGCGCCAUAUCCUAUCAGAGAGUAUUGUCUUUGCCGUAAGGAAUCUUGACCCCCCUGGUAGAUUUCUUCAGCGAGACCCCGUCACUGGACUCUGGAACGACAUAGGCGAUCAGCGUGCCAAUGAAAAAACGGCACAGGCCCUUCGUGAAGGAGCCCCCAAGCUCAGGAAAAAGAUCAAGGCCGCACCUGAGGCUGCAAAGAAAGCUGCUGCUGCUGCUGCGGACACGAAGAAAGGAGGCCCAAAGAGAGACAGCCCGCCCCCAGCCAAGCUCCCGGUCGAUCCCCCGGCCAAGCUCCCGGGCAAGAACGUUGCCGCGGCAGAGGCUCAGCCUGUGUAUGUCCCUUCCUUGGAUCUCCCCUCUUUGCCAGGAGGCAGCGGCCAAAGGCCACACGCGCAGAUGAUGGAGCACCCCACCAGAGCAUCUAUGGAUCCGUUCGCCAUGGCUCCAGCGAACGUGCCAUCCGGACCACCCGUUGCGACCUUGCAGCAGCCUGAUGCAUCUGAAACGUUCAACCCGGAAGACUUCUUUGAGCCCCUACCCCUGGAGCAUGGCCAUGUCUUGCCGAGUUCUAUUGCCCACAGUGAAGUGACAUCUCCACUUGGACCCUUCCCCCCAGGUGCGUCCCUUGCUGAUGCGCACAUGCUGUCGUUCCAAGAACGGCUGAGCAGCAACGGCAACAACAACAAUCAUGGCGCUUUCUGGAAUUCUGACCUGGAGCCUAACCGAUUCCCGCCCUUCCGUCAAAACGAAUCCAUUGCCGGUAUGACAACAUCGCUUGGGUUUCACUUCUUGCCAACAAACUACGGCGCCAAUUUCCCAUUCUCAUCAUCAUCGCUCUCGUCGUCUGCGUAUCAUGUGGGACCUUCGUUCCUGCAUCUAGGUGGGAAUUCUGGUACCGGCCACGGGGAUGCAGUCAAUCCAUUUCUGGAAGAAGGAGACAGUCUACUGUCCCACGCUGCAGAUUUGAUCCUGAAAUCUGGAAAUGAUCAGUCUGAGGACAACAACGCUACGGGGGGACCAGACAAUACAAAGGAGGACGACCAUCAUCAUCAUCAUCAUCAUCGUUCGUGA